UUUGAAAACUAUACUCUUCACCAGCUAUGUAACAGACUCGUUGUUGUUAACAUGAAUCCCAAUUGCCAGACGGACAUCAACAGUGCCGAGUGCCAGAGAUGGAUGAGGGAGGUGUGCGCCCAUUGCAGGGAGCUGUUCGCCCGGGAGGCCACCGAUAAGUGGGCCGCCUGGUGGCACGAUGCGACGCCAGCAUUGUUCAAGGAUGUGCCGGACAUGACCGUCUACGACUGCAACAAGCUGAAGCAUCUGCUGGAGCUGGAGGUGGCUGCCAUAAGGCCACCAGAGGUACCCAUGCAAUUUCCAGAGUUCACAUGGUGGCAAAAGGCAUUGCUGAUCUCGGUUUACGUUGGCAUUCUUGUGCUGAUGCUGCUAAUGUGUCGCUACUGGAGAAGGGGGCGACGUGUCAGGGUGCAGAGCAUAGACGAGGAGAAGGCAGGCCCGCAGCGGCCGGUAAAUAAAACGCCUCCAGAAUCUGAACAACAGACACAAGCGCCUCCGGCGCCGCCGCCGGCGCCGCAUCCGCAGCACGAAGAUGUACAAAAGGCCAACAAAUCGAGGCAUUCCUUUAAGGCCUGGAUGCGCCACAGAUGCCGUCCAAUCUUCGUCCACAACGAGGCUUCACUGCGCCGUCAGCAGGCCAAGUACAAGGCGAACGAGCUGAUCAGGGAGGCCCACAACCAGCAGAACAUUGAGAAAUGGACGAGAGCACGCGAGAAAAUCGAAAAGAGGCGACAGGAAAGAAAGGAUAGCUUGGACAAUGAUAGUAAGCGGAAGGACACAGAGCAUUUGGAUGAGAAUCAACACAAACAUUUUAUUGCAAUUUAUUUGUGACUUAGUAACUCUGAGAUGGACAAGGUGAACCAGAGUAGAAAUAAUGACCAGCCAAAGAUUUACCCAGAUUAGGACAUGACGAAGCGCGAUGUAUAUUUCAGAACUGGGAAACACUGGGACAUUACUUUGAAUCUAAAUCUGCCUUCAGUAUGUUGGAAGACUAUCAACUUGAAACCCUUAAUUCAUGCUGAAUAAAAAUAAUCAAAUUGAAUUUUGUUAGCAAUUUCAUUAAUAGAUGAAACA